CUUCUAUUUUAUGGUUUAGGGUUUUUAUUUCUUCGCUCUAUAAAUUCGCGGGUUCUGUGUUUAGGGUUUCCUCUAGUGCGGAGGCCCUCUCCUGUUGACUGGUGUUUAUUGAUCAAAGGUUAAAGAAUUCCUAUCAUCCAAUGGCUCCUAAAGCCGCUGCCACAAAGAAGGCUGACCCCAAGGCCCAGGCUUUGAAAGCUGCUAAGGCAGUGAAGUCUGGUGCAUCAACUCUUAAGAAGAAAACCAAGAAGAUCCGCACGUCAGUUACUUUUCACCGCCCCAAGACAUUGAAGAAAGAGAGGAACCCCAAGUAUCCUCGCAUUAGUGCACCCCCAAGGAACAAACUUGAUCACUACCAGAUUCUGAAGUUCCCACUCACAACAGAGUCAGCAAUGAAGAAGAUUGAGGAUAAUAACACAUUGGUCUUUAUUGUUGACAUUCGUGCUGACAAGAAGAAGAUCAAGGCGGCAGUCAAGAAGAUGUAUGAUAUUCAGGCCAAGAAAGUGAACACCUUGAUCAGGCCUGAUGGAAAGAAAAAGGCUUAUGUGAGGUUGACGCCUGAUCAUGACGCAUUGGAUGUGGCUAACAAGAUCGGCAUUAUCUGAGGCUCCAUUUUUCUCUUUUUGCUUCUUUUCUCGGAUAUCAUUUAUCAUGUCACCUUGUAUUUGAGUUUCUUUUGUAGGGCCUGUUUAUUUGUGACGGUUUAGUUGUGUUAGAUACAGCAGUAGUACUUCUUUUUAUGGGAUUUUAGGCAUGAGUAAUCUCGAUUGGGCUUUCUCUUAGUUGAUUGAGGCCCAUGGUACCUUCAUUGUUGGCGGAUUCUAUAUGAAUCUUGAAUUUGAGAAGUGACCUUCAUAUUGCUGCGUAUUACAAAUAUGAUACAUGUCAUCUCCAUUGUCUACAA